UCAUCGGUCCAGUCGCUCUUUUCGUUUCAGGUUCAGCUACUAAAUACGCGCUUUUGAUUUUUAAUCGACUACAACUGAGAUGCCUACAGUUUCGCUGGGAAAAGGAUUCAUGGUAGACGUCGAGGUGUUCGACACCUUUCUCGCCAAGAAUGGCCUUGAUGCCACAGAAGGUUACCGCAUAUCACCCAACGAGACGAGAGCGAUUCCAAACCUCUUCAAGGCAUGUAGCGUCCAGCAAGAGCUUCGGAUAUUUCGGCCAUCGCGAAAAGGCUUUAACAACACGAGGCAUCUAUGCAUGUGUUACGACUGGGUCGACAUUUUUGCGGCACUGUAUAUCGACGGGGUGUUGAUUUGGUCAGUCCCAGCAGGCCUUGAAUCGUUGAUGAGACUAAGUUUAUGAAGACGACUGGUGGAAUCGGCACGUUUGUCGUGUUCAGUGAAGAGUAUUGGCACCCGACUGCUCAUAGAAUAACAUCAGACAAUGCAGACAUUUUCUCCACUGUGGUUACACGGACGAGUCCUGAACUUGGGACUGAUUGUAUAUUACAAACCCAACUUAGACAUUAUGCGUCGUUUGCGGAGAGGAGCACUCUCGCGCCAAUUGGACCACCCACUGGCCGGAGCAGCACGAGGCUGCCGACAACGACAGACCUCUGCCAUACUUUCAAGAAUUGAUAGAAGUACUACGAUCAUUUAAUGUUGUCUCCGAUGCGAGGAUUGCUCUAAACUGCCAUGAAAAAGAGCUGCACUCCUCCCAACAUUACCCAGACGGAC